GGUGCUGAGAUUUUUCAAGACAUUAAAGGUGCCUCCAGGAAAGCUGGGCAACCUGAAGAAUGUCCUGAGCCUUCAAAUGUCAGAGAAACAAAUGCUUGAGACAAAUGAAGAGUCUUUGGUACAAUUGCAGGAAGAAAUAAAUGAAGCUCAGCAAUCAGCAGAACGUAUUGAAGAAACUAUACAGCAACUGCAGUACAAAAUCCAGGUGCUCAAGAACCAGUUAGAAGAAGAUGAAAAAAAGGCCAGGAAGAUAUUCCAGGAAAAUGGCAGUGGAGUACUCCACCUUCCAGAACUCCCCAAGCGCAGUUUACAGAUACCCACUUUGCAGGAAGAAAUUUUGAAGAUAAAAGGUCAGAAAGAUCUUUUAAAGGACAUGAACACUAUUCAGCAAUCUGCUGACUUGAAGAACAUGUUAACCCUCAUUGAACAGACCUAUGAGAAGGUGGACUUCCUGUGA